AUGGCAAGCGAAUUCCCAAUGGAGGAUUAUGACGACUUUGAUAGCAGUUCAUUGACUACCAAGAACUUGUUUGAAGGAGGUUCAGCAGAUAAAUAUCAUGAUAGUAUAAAUACAGUUAUGCAGAUGGGUUAUAAUACUGGAGGAUUUGGUAUUACGCAAUCGGUUAAUGGAACAUUUUACUCAAAUCAACCAGUUGACUACAGACCCGUUAUGAAUGGUGGACAGCCGACAUAUGUGGCACCCAACAGCGGUCCCCACUCUCCUGUAAAUAUGCAACCUUCCAGUCCGAUAUCCAGUCCGCUUCCAUCACCACAGUCAUUCCGUCAGUCUCAAGGUCAGCUCGGCCAGAUGCCACCCCAACAACAACAACAACCAAUCAUGUACCAACAACCUCAACAACAGAUGCAACCACAACAACAACAUAUGAUGCAACAACAACCACAAUACUCUAUGCAACCACAACAACAACAACAACAACCUCAACAACAAUUCCAACAACAACAACAACCACAAAUUGUACACCAACCAAUUCAUCAACCACCACCACAACCACAACAACAACAACCACCUUCUACGGCAAUCAGCUCACCACAACCAAUCUUGGACACUAUCUAUAAAUUAUUGUCAGAGCAAGAACAGACACUUGUCCAAAUGAUUCACGAACAAUCGAUCCUUCUCAACAGGCUUCCACAAACCUUGGACGAAACCACCGUACAACAUCUCUCCAACCUCAGUCAAAAGCAAGUCACACUCUCUAACCAAAUGAACACUGAAAUGUCUGCUUUGGAUGCCACCAAGAAGGGUAUGAUCCUCGAUCCAACCGAUCUUGCCAAACUUUUUGCUCUCAAGCAAGAUCUUCAAAUUCAAUUUAAACAAUUACAUUUACUUCACAAUGAAAUUCAAGCUGUUUUGAAUCCUGGUUCUGCUUCUUCAAAACCAAAUGUUGCAUUGGUAUUAAAAACUCAACCAUUCCCAGUAGUUAUUACAAAGGGUAAACAAUUGGGAGAAAAUCAAUUGGUAGUUCAAAUUUUAACAGGUGCUAGAUCAAAUUUCCAUAUCAAUGGUCCAGUAAAGGCUACGUUGCUUUGCGAUUCACACCCAACCAACAAGAAUAAUCCACAACAAGUUUUAGAGAUGGAUACUCAGCCAAUCUAUCCAGCUUCAUUGACUGCUCAUUUCCCACUCAAGUUUUUGGCUGGUACUAGAAAGAGUUCUGUAAAUCUAAAGUUUGGUGUAAACAUUCGUGACAUGGAUAGCGUCACUACUGCCGUUGAAUCUGACUUUUCAAAUCCAUUUGUUGUCAUUACAAAUGAAUGUCAAUGGGAAGGUAGUGCUGGUGUUUUAUUAAAGAAAGAUGCUUUUGAUGGUCAACUUGAAAUUUCAUGGCCACAAUUUAUAAAUACACUUCAAAGACAUUUCCUUAUAGCAACAAAACAAGACCCGGUACGACCAAAGAGACCAUUAUCUCAAUUUGAUUUUAAAUAUAUACAAACUCAUUUCUUUGGUAACCGUUCGAUCAUCCAUCAACAAGAUUUUGAUAGAUUCUGGGUUUGGUUUGGUAAAUCAAUGCAAACUCUUAGAUACCAAAGACAUAUUUCAACUUUAUGGCAAGAGGGUAUAAUUUAUGGAUAUAUGGGAAGACAAGAAGUUCAAGACGCACUUACAAAUCAAGAUCCAGGUACAUUUAUUAUUAGAUUUAGUGAGAGAAAUCCAGGUCAAUUUGGUAUUGCAUAUAUUGGUUCAGAGGUACCACAUCGUAUCAAACAUUAUCUUGUACAGCCAAACGAUACUGCCGCAGCCAAGAAAACAUUCCCAGACUUUUUAGCAGAACAUCCACAAUUUAUCAACAUUCUUCAGUGGUCAAAGGGAUCAGACGGACUUCCAAGAUUCCUCAAAUCUCAUAAAGAUACUGCUUUGAAUUCAUUUGCCCCAAGGAGAGCACAACCAACUCCAGUUGGUGGUUACGAACCUCUUUCUAGUUAA